AUACAUUAUUUAGUUUUAUAUAUUUGAUCUUUUGGAUUAAAUAAAUUUACUGUUUUCGAAGUUAUUUACAUUUUGAUUAAGGAAGUUUUCUUAGAGAAAUUAUGUAGCUUUUCUUCGUCUAUAUAAGUAUGGAUCCUCAUCACAAGAACAAAUUAUUUUAUCAAGAAAAGAGUUUUAAUAUUUUCAACUGCUAUUUUCAAUGAAAUCUCGUAAUAGGGAGAUGUUCAAAGUCGGACCAAUUGGGUCAAAGCAAUAUUAUGAUAAGAGUUGGGAAGAGAAGGGACGCAACAUGAUAUCUAGUAUAUAUGUUGCUUUCAACAAAGAUUCCAUAAAAUGUAUUCAGUUUAGCUAUUUUCAUAACGGAGUUCAUGUCGUGUCUGAAAAGCACGGUUCGUCCAAAGGUCAAUCCUACGAAAUCGUGAGACUGAAUGACGAUGAGUAUGUGACUGGGUUGAGUGGAAUAUUUUGGGAGAGAAAGGUCACGUCUUUGACAUUUCACACUAAUCAGGGGAAACACGGGCCGUUUUGUAAUGGAACUGGAUAUUCAUCAAGUUAUAUGGCAGAUUAUAAGAAGGAAAUUGAUGUGAAGAUACGUGAUCGUCGUGAGUUUGGUGGUUUCUUUGGGUCUUUUGAUGACGAAUUUGACGGUCUGACAUCCAUUGGCAUUUAUGUUUAUCCCACGUACGAUAACAAGCCCACUCUCAAUCAAGCAUGGGAUCCUCUAUAUGCAUUCGCCCAUAAUCAAAUCCCGACGAUCGCGGAUGGUAUUCCUGUUAUGCACAUCCGUUAUAAGCCCAAACUCAAAGACCGGAUAUUUUCCAAGUUGGAUUUCAAAAGAGCUAUGUUGUGCCUGAUAAAAGUUUUCUUGGAUUAAGAUUAAAUGCUAGUCUUGAACGAUAUCUAGCUCUUGUCCUUUGACAUAGCUUUUUUGUUCUUUAAAUUAAAUUAAAGCCGCAUCGAUGGAGGAAUGACACAUUUUUUUUGUCUUAUUUUAGUUACAACUCUUAAUAAUACUCCAUCUUUUCAAUUACGUAAGAUGUUUCAAUU